GAACAGCCAUGAUUGCGGAGGCAUGAGCGCAGCCCGUCUAUGACACCUCUAGAUAAACUCCGUUAUAUUAAACGGCGAUGUCCGAAGAGUAGCCCCGGCGCUCGGUUUUAAAAUUAAUUAUAACCUCUGACUUCGACGGAUGCUUGUUUGUGCCUGAGCAAAAGAAGGAGAAACCAUGUCGCCAUUCUUUCAGAUGUGAAUAAAAUAGUUUUGCACUUCGCUGAAUCGCCGGGUCUCUCAAACCUGCCUUACUUAUAUGGCUUAACAGCAGUGUUUUAUACCGGAGCAAAGCGUAUUCUAAUGAAAACCCAUAAUGUCAGGGAAACAUUACAAAGCUCAUGAAGUCAGUUGCUGCAUCAAAUAUUUCAUAUUUGGAUUCAACAUUAUAUUUUGGCUGCUUGGCGUGGCCUUCCUGGGCAUCGGGCUGUGGGCAUGGAGUGAGAAGGGUGUCCUUUCCAACAUCUACUCCAUCACAGACCUGGGGGGCUUCGACCCUGUCUGGCUCUUCGUGGUGGUGGGCGGGGUGAUGUUCAUCCUGGGCUUCGCCGGCUGCAUUGGCGCUCUGAGGGAGAACACUUUCCUCCUGAAAUUUUUCUCCGUGUUCCUGGGGAUCAUCUUCUUCUUGGAGCUGACUGCCGGCGUCUUGGCCUUCGUCUUCAAGGAGUGGAUCAAGGACCAGCUCAACAUUUUUAUCGACAACAACAUCAGGGCUUACAGGGACGAUAUCGACCUGCAGAACCUUAUCGAUUUCACCCAGGAAUAUUGGGAGUGUUGUGGGGCCUUCAGUGCUCACGACUGGGACCUCAACGUCUACUUCAACUGCACAGACUCCAACCCCAGCCGUGAGAAGUGUGGAGUACCUUUCUCAUGCUGCACCAAGGACCCCGCGGAGGAUGUCAUCAACACGCAGUGUGGCUACGACAUUCGAGGAAAACCGGAGUCGGAGCAGAAGAUGUUCAUCCACGUCAAGGGCUGCGUUCCCCAGUUUGAGAAGUGGCUUCAGGACAACCUGACUGUGGUGGCAGGGAUCUUCAUCGGCAUCGCGCUGCUGCAGAUUUUUGGUAUUUGCUUGGCCCAGAAUCUCGUCAGCGACAUCGAGGUGGUGAGGGAGAGCUGUUUGUACAGCUGAGUCUUGUAGCCAGCACCCCCUACAGGGCUUCCCUGUAAACGCAGGACCACGUCGAGCUCAUCUCAUCAACGCCUUCGAGAGAAGGACAGAAAAUGCUACACCCGCGUAACUCAAGAAGCGGAGAAACUGGAGACUACCUGUACAGCAUCUUUCACAAUGUGUAUAUACAAUAUAGAUAAAUAUAUUCAUAGUUUUGUAUGGGUAUCAUGAGUUUUUCAAACGCUGGUCUGUACAGACUGUCACGCAGAGAGCAGCCGUGUACGUACAGUGCAUGCCUGAUGGGGGCGCCAGAGUAACUAUGGCUACGUCAUGAAAUCACUAAGGCCGGCACUUUGCGGAUUACCAGUAGCAAAGUCUACACUCUGUAGUGUGUGUACAAUUUUGCAAAAUUACUACACAGUAAGAUACUAAUUUGUAACACUAAACUCUCUGGUCUGACCCUUUGUAUAGGAAGUCUUUACAUGAAAUGUUCUAACUACCUAGAAGGUUGUGUCCCUGGAUGUAAACUGUGUCAAGGCAGCCAGGAAUAAUAUUAGUUUGUACUGUGGAGCAAUAUUACAUUGUUUGUCUUAGAAGGAGGAGGGGAAUCUGUCCAUUCCUCAGCAUUAUUCUAAUUAAGAUUACGUAAUUAAGACUGGGUGUGCCUCACAGGAGCGUCUAACUCCUUGCCAAACGGGCGGUUUGUAAAUACAGCCUCAGACGUUGGAGGAGAUUGUUCUGUUUCGUAUCGUUAAAGGGUAGUAUUGUCCCGAUUGUUUCCACGUGUGGUGUUUUUGACCUCCCUGGCAAAAAAAAAAAAAAAAAAGGCAGUCAAAGAAAUAGCCCCGAAUCCGAAUCUACUCACUCUCUGGAGCUCUCCAGAUCUGUGUAUCGUGGUGAGUCGCGGAGCCUCAACCUGGAGCUCCAUGUGCGGGGAAGAACGCGACUCAUCUGACACCUGAUUUUUCCAGAAUUGUGGUGAUGACCUUUGAACUUUCACCUCAACCCCACAGCCUCAAUUCAGCAUGGGAAAAUACACCCCCGAUGUCUGUACCCACUGCCGCAGGCGUAGGAAAUAAAAAACGGGAGGAAAUAUCCAAA